GGUCGUUGUUGAGGUUGGGAGGGUCGCCGUGAGCGGGAAAGAGGCAAAAGUGCGCAGGCAUAUCAAACGCACAUGCAAAGGUCCGGCAUGUGCGUCCAUUGCUCUCCAUACUCUCGUUCGACUUGGGCGUCGAAAUGAACAUGGGGAGAGACGUGUGGUUGUUGUAGUGGCUGUGCAAUACAUUCGCGUUACUAUGACUGUCGUACUCUCUCCAAGUUGAAACUGGCGAGAGCUGCUCUCAACCGACAAUGGUGCGCAACAUGUGGAAACCGACGAGACGACUGGGUCUAGCCAGCAAGCUCAGCUCCCGUCCAUUGUCGACUGGUGCGUCUCCAAAACCGUCCCGUUUCCGACCAUGCACACUGUCAGGAAUACAACCGACUGGAGUGCCCCAUCUCGGCAAUUACCUCGGUGCGCUUGCCAACUGGGUGCGCUUGCAGGAUACUAGGACCGCCGACUCUCACGUCUUGUACAGUAUCGUCGACCUACACGCGCUGACAGUUCCGCAAGACCCUAUCGUACUAAGGAGGAAUGUGCGGGAUAUGGCGGCCUCACUUUUGGCCUGUGGGAUUGAUCCAAAACGGAGCAUACUAUUUAGACAGUCCAAGGUCCCACAACAUUCAGAACUAGCGUGGCUUCUCUUUUGCCGAACACCGAUUGGAUGGUUGAGCCGUAUGCACCAGUGGAAGUCAAAACUGCAGAUGCUUCAACAAAACAACCCGAAUGCAGCUGCGAUAACCACCGCAAACGCCACCAUAUCUUUAAUGUCAGGGGGAGAUGAAAAUGCGAAGCUUGACGGCGAUGAGAAUACACAAGGCUUAAACAUUGGUUUACUGGCCUACCCGGUUCUGCAGGCGGCAGAUAUACUGAUUUAUCGUGCGACCGAAGUGCCUAUCGGCGAGGAUCAACUGCAGCAUUUGGAACUCACAGUCAUGGCUGCACGUAGCCUCAACUCUCAUUACAAAAAGGAGAUUUUCCCCAUUCCAAAAGGGAUCUUUGCUUCCUCAUCCUCCAAGCGUAUCAUGUCCCUCCGCACUCCAACCUCCAAAAUGUCAAAAUCAGACCCGUCUGAUGCUUCGCGUAUUAACCUUGACGACACGCCCGACCAAAUCCGCUCCAAAAUUCGAAAAGCCACGGUCGACUCUUCUGUCGGUAUAACAUAUGACCCAGUCAAUCGUCCAGGUAUUGCCAACCUCAUCAACAUCUACUCCAGCUUUUCGAACGAAGAGGUUGCGCAAGUCGCAGCGAGGUUUGCCACCAGCGGCAAUAAAGACUUUAAGGAGGCUGUAGGGGAAAGGGUAAUCGAGGGUUUGAAACCCAUUCGUGAGGAGCUUUUGAGGCUACGGAAAGAUAUGGGAUUUGUCGAGGAGAUUCUCAGUGAGGGAGAAGAACGGGCGCGCCACCUUGCCAGCCGGACUUUGCGAGAUGUGCAGAAAGUGGUUGGGCUAAUAUAGAUCGUUACUUGCUGGUAAUGGUAGCCCAAGCCGACGAAGAUGUGUAGACAAUGUGAUAGAUCACUUUUUUGUAUUUAGCAGCAACUUUAUUCAUAUUAUCAGAAAUAGCAAAAAGAUCAACAACAGCCUAAAAUAAUACAUGGCGGCUUG